CGAAUCUAAAAUUUGGUUUCAGAAUUAAAAAUGUAUUUGAAGUUGGGAAGGAGUUUGGUGAAUAUUAAAAAAAUAGAACAUCAGUUUCGGAACUUUAGUGCAUAUUCAGGCUGUGCGUGCACAAAGUCAAAUAUUUUUGAAAAUAAUAAUGCACGAAUCAACCUCAAACCUACAGAAAGCAUCAUUUCCUCAUGUUUUAUCAGCAGGAGAAAUUUCAGUGUUUCAGGAUUUCGAUUUCAAGAUUUAGGAGGAGAAACCUCAACAGCUAUUCACAAUAAUUUAACAGAAUCUAUUGAAGUUUCAUCUUCUUUAAAUAUAUCUGAAAAAAUUAGUUCUGAAAGCACACUUGAUUCUUCAGAUGUAGUUCUUUCAGCUACAAAUACAUCCAACGAAGGAGCUGUAAGCACAACAGAGGCUGCUUCUGCUGAGACAAUGCCAUCGGAUGAAACCAAAGAAAUAAUUCUAGAUUUUUUGCCUGAAAAACCAGUUCCUCUUGAUCCAACCGCAAUAUUGGGGGAGCCGGCCUUCGAUUCUCUAGGCUUAGGAUCCUGGUGGCCUUCCGGUCGUCUUCAGAUAUUUAUGGAGUAUCUUCACGUUGAUCUUGGUCUUGAAUGGUACCAAGCGAUUCUUUGUACUGCCUUGUGUAUGAGAAUGAUGACCUUCCCCUUCGUGGUUAUGUCCCAGAAGAACAUGGUAAACAUGAACAACAACAUGCCCGGGAUGGCUGCAUUACAGGAGAAGAUGACUGAAGCCAGGCGUCGAGGAGAUACAAUGGAGAGUGCUAUGGUUGGCAACCAGCUCCAGGCAUAUAUGAAGAAAUCAGGAAUAAAUCCUAUCAAGAAUGUGCUGCCUAUCCUGGUUCAGAUGCCUAUCUUUAUGUCGAUGUUCCUUGGACUACGAGGAAUGGCAAAUCUUCCAGUUCCCAGUAUGGAGGUUGGGGGUAUUCUAUGGUUUGAGAAUUUAACAAUGGCUGAUCCCUUCUAUCUUCUUCCUAUCCUUACUUCAGCUUCUAUAUAUUUACAGGUCCGAAUUGGCGCAGAUGGGAACCGGCUGGAAAGUAUGGGACCUGUGGGAAGAGUUUUAAUGACAUGUCUACCUUUCGCUCUUGUUCCCUUCUCUAUCAACUUCCCAUGUGCUAUAACCUUCUACUGGUUUAUGACUAAUCUGAUUUCCAUCACUCAGGCUUCAGUUCUUAGAAUUCCCGCUGUUCGGUCAGCGUUGAAUAUACCUAAGCUGAUAAAACACAAGACUAGCGAUGUUCCUGGGAAAAAGAAGGGAUUCAAGGAAUCUGUUAGAGAGAGUGUAGACAACUUUAGGCUACAAAGCGAUAUUGCAGACAGACGAGCUAUGGAUGAGCAGAUGUUCAAAGAGGCUGGAAGUGCUAAACCUAUUAAAGUGUAUCCAUAUGAUCCGUCUAAACCUGUAGCAGUUAAACAUAAACAUUAAGAAUAAACAAUAUAAUGUAAACAAACCUUA